GAGGGACACCGGAAGUUUUUGGCGGCUGUGAGCAAACGUCAACAAGAAGAAAAGAUGGAGUCAUUCUAGACGUUAUCACAGUUUACUGAGAUAUUUGAACAGAACGUGCAUUGGACAGAUGCCACCCGAGGUGAGCUAACGUCCGUCAGCUGGUUAAUGACUUCCUGUUGUCAUGGAGGAGGAUUUCCUGCUCGCGCUGCAGCUGCAGGAGCAGUUUGACACCGAGUACCAGACGUCGUCGUUCCCGUCGAACCGUCUCGAUGAUGUCGGACAGAGCAGCAGCAAGAAGCGGAGGCUGGACGUGUCCUCCUCCGGCACCGGCGGCGAGGUCGUCCCCCGCUGGGAGAAGCCCGAGAGGCCGCUGUCCAUCGUGGACGAGUCCUGGGAGACGCUGGACCCCAGCCCCGAUGUCCGGGCCAUGUUCCUGGAGUUCAACCACACGUUCUUCUGGGGGAAGCUCAGCGGCGUGGAGGUGAAGUGGAGCCGCCGAAUGACGCUAUGUGCUGGUGUGUGUUCGUACGAGGGCCGAGGUGGACUGUGUUCCAUCAGACUCAGUGAACCUCUGCUGAAACUGAGACCCAGAAAAGACCUGGUUCAGACUCUCCUCCAUGAAAUGAUUCACGCCCUCCUGUUCGUGACCCAGAACAACAGAGACAGAGACGGUCACGGACCUGAGUUCUGCAAACAUAUGAAUCGUAUCAACGAUGCCACUGGAACGAAUAUCACCAUCUACCACAGCUUCCACGAUGAGGUUGAUGUGUACCGGCAGCACUGGUGGCGGUGCAACGGGCCCUGCCAGAACCGCAAGCCCUUCUUUGGCUACGUGAAGAGGGCCAUGAACCGGGCUCCGUCGUCUCUGGACCCCUGGUGGGCGGACCACCAGAGGACGUGUGGCGGGACUUACACCAAGAUCAAGGAGCCUGAAGGAUAUGGCAAGAAAGGCAAGAAGGAUGGUAAAAAGGACGGGAAGACGUUAAUUAAGGAGACCUCUGGAAGUGGCAAACCUUCCAGUACAGCUACAGUUUCUGGAUCACAGGAUAUAAGGAACAUUAUCCCGUUUACCGGUAAAGGCUUCCUUCUCGGGGGGAAGUCGCAGACCUCCACGUCUUCCUCCCCAUUUCACAAACCAACAGUUCCUCCUGUGAAAACACCAUCGUCCAGCCCAGUCUCCUCUCCUCCCAAGAAACUCUUCCCCCCCUCGUCCCCGGCUAAAAGUCUCACUUCGCCUGUACGCUCUGGAAUCUCCGGUGCUUUUCCCUCCACGGGCCAAAAGCCGCCUAAAAAGAGGUCGGUGGGUAACACGCGUGUGUUUGUCAACAUCAACGGGUCACCGGUUAGAAUCCUUAAACCACACAGCAACAGCAACAGAAGCCAAGGAGCAGAGACAACAAAGCAAAAGUCCAUCCAGGACGUUUUUAACAGCAUAGGCGUCAGAAAAUCAGGGAGCCACUCCUCAAAUACUGAGACUAAAAGAGACUCGCUGACAUCGCCAAAGACGAGCGCUACCUCAGUCUCUUCACUGAUUCCUAAACAACAAAGUUCCUCCUCUGCCAGCACGCCUACGCCAGGUCCAACUGUAGCUUUAAACAGAGACAGCACCGAUAAACCAACACAGUCAAAAUAUUUCAACAGUGACAGUACGUCAGGUGCAGCUGGCGGGGGUCAGAACCCGAGGAAGAGGCCGUGGGACAACAGCUCAGCCAGCAUCUUUGACUUCUUCCAGAAAACAUUAGGCGCCGAAUCAUCAGCGUCAGGGGAGUCGGUAAAGACAAGAUCACCUGCAGUGCAGCAAAGACCUGUUACUGCUACAGCCACCACUUCUUCCUCCUCCUCCUCCUCCUCCUCAUCCUCCUCCUCCUCGCUGAUGGUCAGCUGUCCCGUGUGCCAAGCGAAGGUGCAGGAGUCAAAGAUCAAUGAGCAUCUUGACUCCUGUCUCUGCUGAGGAGAAAAAAAACGAACUUCCAAAUAUCCGAGAGAAGUUUCAGGGAAUUAGUUUUAACAUUUGCCUUUUUGUGGUAUUAACAACUUUUGGUUUUAAUACAUGGUUUAACUUCCAAGUGAGAUUGUUUUUUCAUACACAUAAUACAAUAAUACACAUUCUUCUCUUAUCACAAGUGCCGGCUGACAGCCCAAUGCUUUAGCAUUUUAAGAAAGCAUCAGGGUUUAACAGAUAAUGUAAGUUCACUGAGUUUUCAGUUUCAUCAGGAAAAAACAUUUCCAGUAAAUCCUCAGGUUUGUGUGUUUUAUCAGAAUGUGAAGCACUGUGGUUUUCACUGCAUGGAAUACGUCAUUCUAACACUAUUUUCUAUCGUAUUGAUCAGCAAUCAGUGACAGUUCCAGUAUGUUGUGAAAACUGCUGCAGGUAUUUUUGCCUCCUCUGUGGGUGGAUGGGCUGAUUUUAGUCCGAUGUGUCCUUCAGACAUCAGGAGACACCGACUGACCCCUGCUGAUCUGCAGGAAUCACAUUUCACACUCGCUAGCUGUUUAUUUCCACUUCGCUCUGACACCGAACACUGCGUCCGUCCGCAGGGUCGGGCUCUGUGAGGGUUUCUGAAUAUUCCAUAGUCAUGCUGCAAUACUGAUGUUCACAUUUACAGUAAAACACAGGAGGGUGGUUUACACUUUUAUUAUUUGUACGUGAAAUGUGAAGAUUACUGCAAAAACAUCCGAAUUUUAUACGUUUAAGUUCUUUGUUCAUGGUUUUGUUGCUAAUAAAAAUAUUUUAUUGUUCAA